CCGCUGACUUCAAAUUGGGAAAUUGAGGAAUUUGGGAUUAGGUUAGGGUUUGAAAGGGCAUUGGAGAAGCAACAGUAGAAAAUGGAGAAAGGAGGAAGAGGAGCCCCUGCGAACAUAGUUCUGAAGAAAGACGAAGCCGAGGACCUAAGCGGUUGCAUCCACCAGGUUCCGUGCUGUGUGAAACACGAUGGCCCCGCCUCCGUUUCCGACUAUUUUAAACCCAAGCUCACCGGCGUUGGGGUCGACGGUUUACCGUUACAGCAAGCCCAUUUUAGAGGGAGGUUGCUCCAAGGUACUACUCUCCCUCUUCCUCAUGGCUUCUCUGGUUUUGUUUUAUCAAAGAAGAGUGAUGAGUGUUGGGAAUCGAGUGCAACGUUCCGUGACGUCACGUAUUGGAACCAUGAGUUCGCUCCUUCCCACAACGAUGAUCUCUUCCGUGCUUUUCACUGCCUUACUCUUUCGCAAGCUCUGCAUAAUCCGGUGACAGCUGAGGAAUUAGCUUCAUCAUCUUUUUCACUCUAGAGCGGUGAUACAUGCUGUAGCAGUCAUAUUCAUGUUUUUUUGUGUGCUUUGAUCCCCAAUUCUCCCUAUGUACCGCCCUAUAUGGCUUAGGCUAAUAUAUUGCUUUUAAUGUAAUGUGUAAUCUAUCUUGCUGUCACUUUGUAGUCAACAAUGCAUAUUUUAGAAGACCAAAAUUCUAAAAUUGAAUCGGUUAUUUGUCCUACCCAGGAGUA